GGGAAGCCGUUUUAACCCGUGUAGUGAAUCUUUCCUUGCUUCCGGUUAACACUCCUCCACCCCAGCUUUGAAGAAGAAACACUCGAGCUAGUGAAUUCGGGACAGGCGGGGUGUCGGGCGCCGCUCUUGCCGCUCUUUUCGACUGUUGCCUGGGCAUUUUAUCGGACCGCUGGGAAACCCCGCGGCUGGGCCCGAGCCGAUCCCGCCCGCUCUCCUUUGUUGGGCGCGUCUCUUUCCGGAGGGGGCGCUGCCUUGACCCUGCUCCCGCCUGUUUGGCCUCUACCCGGUGUGGGAGGCCGUGACAGGGAAGCGGAUGGCGCUGCCCUCAGUUCAUAGAUGCGUCCAAGUGAGUGAGGAAGAGCAUCUGGCCGGGGCAGCUUGGAAUAACCGAGUUUCCCUCCACCUGCGCCGCCCAGAGUGGGUUGGAUUACAGUUCCCCUAAUCCGCAACCGUUUUAAAGACAGACGCUUGUAGGCAGGGCAGGAUUUCUCAGUCUGGGCCACUUUGAGGAAAGCGAGACCUCAAGUGGGAAAUUGCCAUGGUCGGAGUCCACCUGUCCCAAAGUUGCCAAGUUUGAGAAACAAGUCUGAUGUAGGGGUUUUUUUUUUUAAAGGAUAAAUCGGGCAAGAAAUGUCAUGUUGGGGGUAUAUAUUAAUUCACCAAAGCAAUGCAGCUUUCCUUUUUUCCCCCAUAUCAGGAAUAUUUGUGCCUUUGGAUAGUAGGAAGGUAACUUUAGUCUUCUCCGGCAUUCUUCUCCCUGCCCGCCCCCCAUGCUCAAUCAAGAAAAUCAGCUGCUCCUUAAAAAGCUGAGGCAGGUACGCCUAAAAAACAAGCAGCUGGAAUAUGAUGUAGUGCAGCUGCAUGAUAAACUACAUGAGAAAAAGAAGUGCUUGCCUGCCUGUGUCACAAGGAAAGAUGUGCAGAUUCAAACAGAAUUUCACUUAUACCAUAAAGGUGAUGGGGUUCAUCACAAGGAACAUGAUCUAGUAAAGGAAUAUGCCAGAGUAUUACAGAUGUAUAAUGAACUGAAGAAAAGGUACAAUAAAGAAGUCAAAACAAAUCAAAGACAAAAUGAAACAGUUGCAAUGCUGUCUGGUAAAAUUAAUGACUUGGAACACCAACUUCAUUUAGCAAACCAAAAGAUAAAUGCCUUGGAAUAUAAAAAAAAGGACAAAUUUGCUUCAAUUCAACGAAGACUGUCAUCUGACAAAUGUAUGUGCAAAAAGAAGGGAAGCUGUUCCUGCAAAUAUUUAGACCAGCUGCUUUUUGAGACACAGAGACUGAAGAUGGAAAAUGAAACGCUCUCCAAAGAAAGAAGAAUGUUAAAAAAUGAGCUUGCUGCAUUAGAUAAGGAUUUCUUUGAUGAAAUAGAAGAUUUAAAAUAUGCUCUACAAGAAGCCAUAAAGCUGAAUACCCACUAUGAAAAGUAUUUAAAACAGUUAAGUUCCACUUAUGGAAUCACUUUUACAGUGUUGACAGCUGACAAUCCUCGUACAACUUUAUGGAAACAAUAAUCAAGACUAUUAUUAAAGUAUACUGAGUGUACAC